AUGACAAUGACUAAUUCGAUCGAAGAAUUAUCUACGGAUGAUACUGCCGAAACUAUAACAACAACAAUAGGAACAACACCUAUGACAGAGACCAGUAUAACCGCUAUGACGGAGACCAGUAUAAAAGAAUUUUCUACGGAUGAGAUUGAUAAUAGUUUUUCGUUGAUGACGACAACAGAAGAAACAACAACAAGAACAUUAUCAAACAUAGAUACGAGAACUACUACCAUGAUUCCACCAAACUUACUAGAAAAUCCUGGUGGAGAAUUAGGAACUCUUGCUGGUUGGACUCAGACUGGUUCUUCAUCUGUCAUCCUUGAUUCAGGCGGCGUACUCAAUAGUGGUUAUAAUCCACAUUCUGGUUCUUAUUGCUUUGCCGGCGGGCGUGGACCCGGUACACCAUCAAAACUGACUCAAAAUGUUAAACUUCUGGGUGGUGUUCAAGGUUUUACGGAAAUUCAAUUAGCUUCACGCCUUCUUAGAGCCUAUGUGUCAUUUUACUAUCAAACUUGGGAUACUUUCUUUAUGCCUCAUGAUGACGUUGAAGUCAGUUUGACAUUUCGAUCGUCUUUUUCUGCAGUAUUAAGCACUGUCAGUUCAAGAGCACUUGCUUGUAAGUCAUCAAAUCCAGGAUGGUGUACUUACACAAAUGCUUUUCCAUUACCAGUGGGUACGCGAAGUAUUGAUUAUACAAUGAUGUUUAUUCGAAGGGGCACAAUAAUAGGAAACAAUAUCGAUUCUUACAUUGAUGACAAUUCAUUGAGAGUUUUUUAA